CCCGAUCUCAUAAUCGUCGUCUUCUUCCACUUCGACGCGGCUAGGGCCGGCGCAACCAUCUCCUCUUCUCUUCUGGCGGCUUCUCCGUCCCGUCGAUCAACCGCGCCGCCUUCGCCAGUAUACCCCGCAUUGAGCCGUCAUCGUUACCUGCGCCGACCGGCACCUCUGUAGCCUCUUCUCCAGGGAUUGCACGAGGAGGAGGAGGUUCGGGCUUCGCCAUGUCGAAGUCGAACCUAGAUGAUCUGCUUCUGCAGGCAGCCGGCCGGACGGGGAAGAACCACUCCCGGCCGAGCAACCCGCGGUGGAACUCUGGGGGAAGCGGCUCCGACGGCUUCGACGACGACGACUCGGACGCCGCGCCGACCUACUCGAGGAAGAAGCCUUCGUCGCAGGUUCCGCUCAAGAAGCGGCACCAGCCAGAGCAGGGCGGCCGGCGUGGCAGUGGCGGGUGGAAGGACGAGGACGACGAGGACGAAGACGGGCGUCGCAGUGGCGGGGAGGACUCGGACAGCGCCCCUUCGGUGGGGAGUGACCUAUACAAGGAUGAGGACGACAAGGAGCGUCUGGAGAACAUGUCUGAGCUGCAAAGGGAGAUGAUCCUGGCUGAUCGGGGCACCCGCCUCGAUGAUUACAAGCUCAAGCAGCGGGCACGAGCGUCCUCGUCCAAGACGGACAAGGUGGGCGCACGGAAGGAUAGCAGUCCACCCCCGCCGCCCAGCCGGAUGCGGUCUUCAACCCGAGCUGACAAGUCUGGGUCCGCAGCUAAGAGCGCGUUGGACGAGCUGCGGGCAAAGCAGCGGAUGCGGCAACAGGCUCCGGAGGCACGCAGGUUCACGGACCUGCUCCCACGUAGUGGCUCACCAACUAGGCGCAGGGCUGGGAGCCCUCCAAGUGAUGGGAGCAACGAUGGGGAUGGCAGGGGGAGGCCUAAUGACCAUGGGAGGAUCGCUGACGAUAGCAGGGAUGACGAAUUUGAUGAGUCGCCGAGUAGGCUUGAUCCACUCAAGUUUGAUGACGUGAAGAGUAUUACCCUCAGGAGGUCAAAGCUGGUGAAAUGGUUCAUGGAGCCGUUCUUUGAUGAUCUAAUUUCUGGGUGUUUUGUGCGGCUAGGUAUUGGCCAGACAAAGAAUGGGACCCCGAGGUACAGGCUGUGCAUAGUGAGGAACGUGGAUGCAAGCGAUCCAGACCGGAAUUACAAACUGGAAAGCUACUCGACAUGCAAAUAUCUCAAUGUUGUGUGGGAUAGUGAGGCUAAUGCUGCGCGGUGGCAGAUGACUCAAGUAUCGGAUUCCCCACCCAACGAAGAAGAGUUCAAGGAAUGGCUGCAAGAGGCAGAGAAGCAUGGUGCACGUAUACCGACCCGGCAGGAAGUGCUGGACAAGAAAGAAGCCAUCCAGGAGGCCUAUAAUUUUGUGUAUUCAGCUGCAACUGUACAGCAGAUGCUGCGAGAGAAAUCAGCUGUGAGACGCCCUAUCAAUAUUGCUGCUGAGAAGGAUCGGUUGAGGAGUGAGUUGGAGAUGGCCCUGAGCCGUAGGAAUGAAGCUGAAGCAGAGAGGAUUCGUGUGAAGCUGAAAAAUCUGCAAAGCAGGCCACAACCGGUGUCAAAGGAUAAUAAGGCUGCAAAGUUGGAGGCUAUGAACCGGAAGAAUCGUGCUGAUAACUUCAAGAACGCUUCGGAACUGAAACCUGUAAAUACAUCUUUGAAGGCUGGAGAGGCUGGUUAUGACCCUUUCUCGAGGAGGUGGACAAGAUCAAGAAACUAUUAUGCAUCAAAGCCAGGAGGAGAUAAUGCUGAAGAAACUGCCAACAAGUCCAGUAGUAUUGUAGAGCCUAGCAAUGGAGAUAUAAAGAGCAAGGCUCAGACUGGUACAUCAGCCACAACUGCAGCUCAAGUGGCAGCAGCUGACGCCGGGAAGCUCACUGAUACUAAUGCACCAGUGGAUCUGGGAACAGAAUCGAAUGUGAUGCAUACAUUUGAACUUCCUAUAUCAUUGUCUGCUUUGCAAGAAUUUGGUGGAGCCAAGGGCCUGUUUGAUGGUUACAUGGCAAGGAGGCAGAAGAUAGAAGCUACAAUGGGGUACAAGGUGCCUGACAACGAUGGAAGGAGGCAUGCUUUAACCUUGAGUGUGAGUGAUUACAAAAGGCGGCGGGGUCUCCUCUGAAUGGUAUCUCUGAUUGUGCUGGACGCUCAACGGAUUCAACUAUAUUCCUGGCGUCAGCACCUAUGUGCAUUUGCUGUGACAAUUGUGCAGAUCAUCUGCAUUUUGCCUUAUCUUCCUAGGCGUAACAUAAGACAUGCAGACUACAAUUCUUUUGCAUAAAUGUUACCUGAUGUAUGACCGAUUAUGUUGCUGACAUCACGUUUACAUCUGUGGAUUUUGCUUACAUCUUAUCCUUGCUAGCUGCAAAAAACCGGAUUCCAUAAUUAGAUGAAUUAAAUUCAAUGUAUCUUUCAUUUU